AAAAAAAAAGAAAUAGUAUGGAAAAAGAAUCAAAGAGAAAACCAAGAAUUCUAUGUCUCCAUGGCUAUAGAGAAAGUGCUGAAAUACUCAAGAAAUUGAUUCUCCGGUGGCCGGAAUCCGUCACCGGAAAAUUAGAUUUGGUUUUCUUGGAUGCACCUUUUCCGGCUAAGGGCAAAUCUCGACCUGAAGGUUUCUUUGAUCCUCCUUACUUUGAAUGGUUUCGAUUUAAUAAGGAUUUCACAGAGUUUUACAAUUUUGAAGAAUGCCUUGAAUAUAUAGAAGAUUUUAUGUCAAAGCAUGGACCUUUUGAUGGUAUUCUUGGUUUCUCAAUGGGAGCUAUUUUAUGUGCAGCAAUACCAGGAAUGCAAAGGGAAGGAGUGGCUCUAAAAAAAGUUCCAAAAAUAAAAUUUGUGAUAUUAAUAUCAGGGGCUAAAUUUGGAGGGCCUUCAUUUGGGGUACCAAAAUUGGCUAUCAAUGCAUUUUCAUCUCCAAUCAAUUGUCCAUCACUUCACUUCUUAGGAGAAAAGGAUUACCAAAAAAAAGAUGGAGAAGUUCUACUAGAGUGUUUUGUGGAUCCACGAGUGAUUCACCAUCCUAAAGGACACGUCAUACCAGAACUAGAUGAUAGUACCGCUGAAAUAAUACUUGGGUUUAUUGAAAAGACAUUCCAAAAUUUUGUAGCAGGGGCACAUCAAUAUAAUUGGAAGCCCAGAGCGAAAUUUUAG